AUGCAGGAUGGGCUGGAGGAUGUCGAGAUCAUGUAUGUGGGCUGUCUGCCCGUGGAGUUGGAUCCAGAUGAGCAGGAUGAGGCGGCUCUGGAAUUGUACACCCAGUUCAACUGCUGCGUGGUUUUCCUCGGAGCAGAGCUGAAAGAGAAGUAUUACAAAGGGUUCUGCAAGCAGCAACUCUGGCCUCUCUUCCACUAUUUGCUCCCUCUGUCGCCCAACAGUUCAGGCCGUUUCAAUCCUGAGCUCUGGCAGGCCUACGUGAAGGCCAAUAAGGCAUUUGCAGACAAAUUGGUGGAGGUGGUGAGCAUGGAUGAUGACUAUGUGUGGCUGCAUGACUACCACCUCCUAGUUCUGCCCUCGCUGCUGCGCAAACGCUUCAACCGCAUCCGCCUGGGCCUCUUCCUUCAUUCCCCCUUCCCCUCCUCUGAAAUCUUCCGCACCUUCCCCCGACGCGAGGAGAUCCUGCGCUCCCUACUCAAUGCAGACCUGCUCGGCUUCCACACGUUUGACUACGCACGGCACUUCAUGUCGUGCUGCUCGCGCAUGCUGGGCCUGGAGCACGUGGCCUCGCGCGGAUCCAUCAGCAUCGAGUACUACGGCCGCAACGUGGGCAUCAAGAUCAUGCCCACGGGGGUCAAGCCCGAGCGCUUCCUCAACGGCUUCGGCUGGCAGGACACCAUCUGGCGCCGCGGCGAGCUCCUCUCGCAGUUCAAGGGGCAGAUGGUGUUGAUCGGCGUGGACGACAUGGACCUGUUCAAGGGCAUUGAGCUGAAGCUGCUGGCAGUGGAGCGCGUGCUGGACUACCACCCUGAGUGGCGCGGCCGCCUCGUCCUCGUCCAAGUCACCAAUGCCCCCAGGUCGCCGGGCAAGGACGUGCAGGAGCUGCACGACUUUGCGGUCUCUCUGGUGGAGCGAAUCAACGGCAAGUACGGGACCAAGGACUACCAGCCCGUAGUGUGGCUGGAGCGCAGCGUGCCCCUCUAUGAGAAGAUUGCGCUCUACAGCGUCGCUGACGUGGCCGUGGUGGCCGCCACGCGUGACGGCAUGAACCUGGUCCCCUACGAGUACAUCGUCAGCCGCCAGGGCCAGCCGGACGUGGACGCGGCGGAGAAGAACUCGAUGCUGGUGGUGUCUGAGUUCGUGGGCUGCUCCCCGUCGGUGAGCGGGGCAAUUCGCGUGAACCCCUGGUCCAUCGACAGCCUGGCGGACGGCAUCUAUACCGCCAUCCAAAUGCCGCCCGCCGACCGCCACCUGCGCCACGACAAGCACUGGCGCUACGUCUCCCAGCACACCGUCCGCUUCUGGGCCCAGUCGUUUGCCUCGGACCUGCGGCACCUGACGCGUGACCACGCGCGCAUGAAGUGCUACGCACUGGGCCUGGGCCUGGACACCUUCCGCAUGGUCGCCCUCACUGAAAACUUCCGCAAGCUCGAAGUCCUCGUACUCCUCAACGCCUUCCGCCGGGCGCAGAAGCGGCUGCUGCUGCUGGACUACGACGGGACGCUGGUGCCGCAGAGCAACAUCAACAGCCGCCCCACGGAGGAGGUGCUGCAGACGCUGCAGGCGCUCUGCGCGGACGAGCACAACUCCGUCUACAUCAUCUCCGGCCGCCGCAAGAGCGAGCUCGGCGCAUGGUUUGCCUCCGUGGAGGGGCUGGGCAUAGCGGCGGAGCACGGGUUCUUCUUCCGGGCGGCGGGUGCGGGUGCGGAGUGGCACGCGCGCAGUAGCACGGAGGAGAUGAGCUGGCAGGGGAUCGUGGAGCCCAUCCUGCAGCAGUACACCGAGUCCACCGACGGCUCCUUCGUGGAGAAGAAGGAGUCCGCCCUCGUCUGGCACUACAACGCUGCCGACCCAGACUUCGGCUCCCUCCAGGCGAAGGAGCUGCUGGACCACCUGGAGGGCGUGCUGAGCAACGAGCCGGUGGAGGUGGUUGCCGGCAGCGCCAUUGUGGAAGUCAAGCCGUCCGGGGUGUCCAAGGGCGGCGCCGUCGAGCGCAUCCUGCUGGAGGCGGCCGCGGCCAACACGGCGCACGACGUGGUGCUGUGCAUCGGCGACGACCGCUCCGACGAAGACAUGUACAUCGCCAUCGAGCACGUCGCAGUCAUGCCCCACAUGCCCGCCGAGGUGUUCGCGUGCACAGUGGGCCAGAAGCCCAGCAAGGCGCCAUUCUACGUCAACGACCCGGCAGAGGUGCUCUUCAUUCUGGGCCGCCUCACAGCACCGCCGCCGUCGCCGGUGCCCACCGCGUAG